UAGUGUCCAGGCAAGGAAUUGCAAGUUAUUUAAGCCUGUCUAUUUCACCCUCAGGAGAACAGACAGAAGGAAGUUGCUCUUAAGAAGUCUCCUUUCUCUUCAGGGAAGCACCUGCCAGUGAGGUGAUGUGUUGAAAACACCCUGUGAAAUGCCACACAGACUCUGUGGAAAAAUCAGACCUAGCUCCAGAAAGAUGAAGAAGCGCUAUUUGGUGGUUGGGAUUCUGACUGGCUUCCUGGUGGGCCUGGUCCUUUUCUUGGGGUUUUUCUUUGGACUGCGCUCAACCCCGCUGCCCCCAGUGCAGGAUGGACAUCUCUACAAGAAAGCAGCGGUAGCCACGGAUGCUGGGCCAUGCUCAAUAAUUGGAAGGGAUAUCCUUCAGCAAGGAGGAUCUGCAGUGGAUGCGGCAAUUGCAGCUCUGCUCUGUGUGGGCCUCAUGAAUCCUCACAGUAUGGGAAUUGGAGGGGGUCUCUUCCUCACCAUCUACACCCACACAGGGAAAGUAGAAGUCAUUAAUGCAAGAGAGGUGGCUCCAAAAAAUGCAUCCUUGGGCAUGUUUGGGAACAACAUAGAGCUCUCCCUUAAAGGGGGCCUGUCCAUUGCGGUUCCAGGAGAAAUUCGUGGCUAUGAAAUGGCUCAUAAGCGGCAUGGCAGGUUGCCAUGGAAGCACCUGUUUCUGCCCAAUAUCAAGCUGGCGAGAGAAGGGUUCCCAAUUGGGAAAGGUCUGGCAGCAGCCAUCAAGAAAAAAGAGAAGGCGAUUGAAAGCAACCCCUCGCUGUGUGAAGUGUUCUGCAAAGAAGGAACAAUCCUACAUGAGGGGGAUGUCAUUAAGAUGCCCAAACUAGCGAACACCUACGAGACUUUAGCCAAUGAGGGAGCAGAUGCCUUUUACACAGGGAGCCUGGCGCAGCAAAUUGUCAAAGACAUCAAGGAGGCAGGGGGCAUCGUUUCAAUGGAGGACCUAAGAGACUAUACGCCGAUCCUGAGUGAAAAUCCUUUAAACAUCACGAUCGGGGAGUUCACCAUGUACACACCCAGUGCCCCGCUGAGUGGCCCAGUGCUAGCACUCAUCCUCAACAUACUGAAAGGAUUUAAUUUCUCCAGCGACAGUGUCACGACCAUGGAGAAAAAGGGUCUGACUUACCACCGCAUUGUGGAGGCCUUCCGCUUCGCGUAUGCCAAGAGGACUUUACUGGGAGACCCAGCAUUUGUCAACAUUACGGAGGUGAUCAGGAACAUGACCUCUGAGUUCUUUGCGGAUAACCUACGGGGGAAAAUCACUGACAACGCCACCCAUACAGUCGACUACUAUGAGCCAGAGUACUACACUCCAGAUAAUGCCGGUACAUCCCAUCUCUCCAUUGUGGCUGACGAUGGCAGUGCUGUGUCCGCCACCAGCACCAUCAACCAAUACUUUGGCUCAGAAGUUCGCUCCAACGUGAGUGGAAUCAUAUUUAACGAUGAGAUGGACGACUUCAGUUCACCUUACAUUGUCAAUGGCUUUGGAGUCCCUCCCUCUACUGCAAACUUCAUCGAACCAGGUAAAAGGCCCCUGUCCUCCAUGUGUCCAUCAAUCUUAGUGGAUAAAACAAAUAAGAUCAAGAUGGUGGUUGGUGCAUCCGGAGGAACAAAAAUCACCACAGCAACAGCAUUGACAAUCAUCAAAUCCCUCUGGUUCGGGUACGAUAUGACACAGGCUGUGGAAGACCCUCGAGUUCAUGAUCAGCUGUUUCCCAACGUCACGGAGCUGGAGCAGAACGUAGAGCAGGGCAUAGAAGUGGAACUAAAGAAGCGGAAACACGAUAUCAAGCGGACUAACAGUAGCGCUGUCGUCCAGGCCAUUCUAUGGACUGCCGAUGGCUGGGCUGCUGUGUCUGAUUCCCGGAAAGGUGGCUUCCCAGCAGGCUACUGAAGUCGCUCAAGCUGCUCUGACAGCCUGCUUCUUUGCAGAUCUAGUGACCAGCUUACAUUUGGGGAAGGGGGGGAGGGAAUACUUGAGCACUGCAACUCAGGGACUGUCACAGGAAAGAAUGAAUUUGCCUGUGGUUCUGCUAAUGGACCUGGACAGAUGUUCUCGAGGGUCAUUACUGAAAAGUGCCUUACAACAGAUCAGUGUGCUAAGGAAAAGCACAAAUCUCCCAGAAUAUCCAGCACCUACCUAAAGGGUCUGCUCCCUCCUCCUGCUCACCAGGGACUGAGUGCACAGCUGUUGGAAGGUCCAAAGCCCAGCUGCAGAAAGUGUUCCUUUAUUUUUCAGCUUUACCCAGCCAGUGGCUGUCCUGGUCUGUCCUCUAGAAGUGACGCAUUCCCAUGAGAAACGAAUGCUGGACUGUGAACGGGAUGGAAGGUGCUGGCAACGCUACACUGUAAGGCAGCACACCUGAGCCACAGGCUGAAGAGGGAUUGGGAUAACCCUUUCCCACAACCUCACCCAUUAUUUUUUAUGGUCUUGCUUCUCAUUUCAGGAGUUUAUGAGGGAUGACGGGGUAGCUGAAGAAGUGAUGGUGCCAAUGUCUUUUUGUUUGUUUUUUUACCUCUGUUCAAAAGCUGGCAAGGGAAGACAGAGGCUACCUGUUUAAUUUAUGCUGAAAAAGAAUGACAGGAGGUAAACAUCCCUGCUUUCACCUGUACAGUGCACUUGUCCACAAGGAAUCGGAAGGCUCCGUAUGACUGAGGCACUGCAGCAAUUUGGCUCCUUGGUGCAACUCCUUCAGGUCCCAGAAAAUAGGGACAAGGCUCCCUUAUCCAUGAUGUGUCUUCCCUUCUCCCCUCACCCCAGGCGUCUCCAAUUUGUCUCUCACUAUUAUCCCUUCUGACAGCAUGCAAAUUCCUAGAGUCCAAAGGUAAAAGGAAGGAAGCAUUUAAAGCCGAAUAGCAUGGUGUAAACCACUGACAGCCCGGGCAGCAAGGUAUCUUGUCUUUCAGGUACCAAGCACAACUUCUGAGGGGUCGGUUUGGUUAUAUCACUGUGAUAUGGUGUCUAGCAGCUGAAAAAAGAUCUUUCUAUAAGGGGUGGGGGGUGCAGGGUGCCCAUCCUUCAACUCCAAAUUUGAUGCAGUUGAAUACGUGGAUUUUUCUUUCUUAUCUGCAGCUUACCCCAAAGACUUGAAUAUUGCAGAAGUUGUGUCCUUAGAUGAGUGUGAAGCUGUGGUUUCAGCUAACUGUGUGUCCCUUAAACUUUUGAGUUGCUUGUGACUUUAGCCAUCUUUCUAACAGAAAUAAGACUAUUUGCCACCUUCAGAGCUAGGGGUCAUUCAUUUGGAUUUGAGAUGCAAGGUGGGUAAAUAAGGCCUGAGCCCCCUCGCUGCCUCCUGAAGUCUUCCCACCGGAGGUGAGGCUGGUCAGUAGCUUUCAGAAGCCCUUGGUACCUUAUAGGAUGGGCACAAACAAACUGUCAGCCUGCUACUCUCGCCAUUGUCCACUGGAGUUGGGUGAAAUCCAAGAACUAAAAUAUAACUGGUCUAAACAGGAUUUUAAAAAUCUAUUCAGUGGCAUUAAUAAUACAAACAAGUCUUCAUUGAAAAUGAAUGUUAACCUGAAGUAGCCCUCUAAAGAGCAAGCGCAAGCAUUUGCUCACUUGUAUUUUAAAACAAGCCAAAAAAAAAUCCACAAUACUAAUAACGAAAUGAAUGCCAGGUUAUUCAGAAAGUAUACCCCAAAGGAUUUAGGAGCACAGUUCCUACAGUCAGUGGCAAUUGUGUUCCUAAAUCCUGUAGGUGUGGAGCGGGUCAGGAACUGACUUUUUCCUCCGAGAAUUUCUGAUGAAAACAAAUGUUUGUCUUUGCAAAUGCUCAGAUUUUGCAGUUACCAAAAUUUAAUUUCUUAAGUGUUUUGGGAUGAAAACUUCCUUUUUCAAACUCCUUUUUUAUUCAUGAAAAAUAUUAGUUGAACUCAUUUCCUGUCCCAUUCUAUAUAGGUCUUUCUGCAACAGGGCAAGAUUCUCAAACUUUUUCCACAGUAAGUCAAGGUUUAGCUAUCAGUGUGUUGCUUUGAUGGUACAGAAACCUCACUAUGACUUAUUUUCUAGCUGACAAACAAGAGUCAAAGUAUGGCCUUCAAAGAUUUGAACUGAUUUGCACUGAUUAUGUUUAAAAAAAAUAAAUAAUUCCAUAAACGUGCACUGAAAUGUUAUGAGUGAAAGUCCCAGUAGAGGAAAUUAAGUAGAACUUGGGUACUAUUUUGGAAAGCACCAGAGCAAACCAUUUUAAAACGACUGCUUUAGCUUCUCCCAAUCUUUAUAAUGACACCAGUUGUCUCAUAUCACUUUAAGUAAAGGAGCCUCAUAAGCUCCUUAGCACUAGUUAGGCUGUUGCUAUUUCACAAUCACUGCGGUAAUAUUCAGACCCCCGACAAUUCAGUGCAUAAUGCUGGGCCCAGGGCCCCAGGCAUGAAAGCCCAGUCCAGGCAAAGACACCCUUAUUUCAGAGGUGAAAUAGAACAUGUGGGUGUUCAAAACCACCUUGAACGCCUUGCUGCUACUGGAAGAAAUGCCAGAAUGACUCGGGAUGGCAGAGAAAUGGAAACUACGCGGCUGGUUCCAUUCUCUAAGAACUGAUUGGUUGGGGUGGGGGAGGUAGGGCUGCAGGCUAAAAAUUCCCAGCAUCUACAAGCCAUUUGUAAAAGUACUUUAUUAAAAAUAUAACUUUGUAAAACAAA